CUGCAGUUAUAACACAACCCCAAGCCCCAAACCCACUCUCUCUGAUUCGGAUCCGAUUAGGGUUAUUUCGGAUUUUCUCCCUUCUCUUGGAAGCUUCCGAUUCCGAAAUCCGGUUGCUUCUCCUGUCUUGGCUCGAGAUCCGGGCCAAGCACAGUGUACAAUCGGAUUCAGAUUUCCAUUUCCAUCACUCUCUCUUCAGUUUCUCAGCAACCAAACUCAGUUUUUGGAUAGUGAACACUAGUUUUGCAGUUUCUCACCAACCUAACACGGGUUGGCUUUUAUAAAUGGCAUCAAGCGAGGGAUUUCUGACCGAUGGGCAGAGGGAAAUACUGAAAAUUGCGACUGAGAAUUUGGAGAAUUUGUCUUCGUCGCCGAAAUCUCCAUCGUCUUUGCUUUCUGAACAUAAUCAUACCAAAGCUUCUUGGGGUGGCAAGCCUCAAACUGCUGCGGUUGCUGGCAGCAGGCAUGUACGCCGGUCGAACUCGGGAAAGUUUGUGAGGGUAAAGAAAGACGGUGCUGGUGGUAAGGGCACAUGGGGAAAAUUGCUUGAUACCGAUGGUUAUUCGCAUAUAGACAGGAAUGAUCCUAACUACGACAGUGGCGAGGAACCUUAUCAGUUGGUUGGAUCUACCGUUACUGACCCAUUAGAUGAAUUCAAGAAAGCCAUAGUAUCCAUCAUAGAGGAGUUCUUCAGUACUGGGGAUGUGGACAUGGCUGCAUCUGACCUCAGAGAACUUGGCUCUAACGAAUAUUAUCCAUACGUCAUUAAACGUCUUGUGUCCAUGGCCAUGGAUAAGCACGAUAAGGAGAAAGAAAUGGCUUCAGUUCUGCUUUCAGCAUUGUAUGCUGAUGUCAUCAGUCCUGCACAGAUUAGGGAUGGAUUUUUUAUGCUUAUUGAAUCUGCUGAUGAUCUUGCAGUAGACAUACUGGAUGCAGUUGACAUCCUUGCUUUGUUCUUAGCACGUGCUGUUGUUGAUGACAUCCUUCCUCCAUCCUUUCUUGCCAGGGCCAAGAAGGCUCUUCCAGAAUCUUCCAAGGGAGUUCAGGUAAUCCAGACUGCUGAGAAGAGUUAUCUCUCAGCUCCGCACCAUGCAGAACUUGUGGAGAGGCGAUGGGGUGGUAGCACUCAGCUAACUGUUGAAAAUGUGAAGAAGAGGAUUGCUGAUUUACUAAGAGAAUACGUGAGUAGCGGUGAUACAUUUGAAGCCUGUAGGUGUAUACGUGAGUUAGGGGUUUCAUUCUUCCAUCAUGAGAUCGUGAAGAGGGCUCUGGUGCUUGCCAUGGAGAUCCAUUCAGCGGAACCUCUAAUGUUAAAGCUAUUAAAAGAAGCAGCAGCAGAAGGACUCAUUAGUUCCAGCCAAAUGGUUAAAGGGUUUUCUCGUUUGGCAGAAGUCCUAGAUGAUCUUGCUCUUGAUAUUCCAUCAGCUAAAACUUUGUUUCAGUCAUUGAUACGCGAGGCAAUAUCAGAAGGAUGCCUUGAUGCUUCAUUUAUGAAACCCUCUGGUGAAGUUGGGGAUGUCCAAGUUCAAGAUGAAAAUUUGAGGAAGUACAAAAAAGAGGUGGUAACUAUAAUUCACGAAUAUUUUCUCUCUGAUGACAUUCCUGAACUCAUUCGAAGUCUUGAAGAUCUUGGGACACCUGAGUAUAACCCCAUAUUUUUGAAGAAGCUAAUAACACUUGCUAUGGACAGAAAGAACAGGGAAAAGGAAAUGGCAUCUGUACUGCUAGCUGCUCUUCAUAUAGAGAUCUUCUCAACAGAGGAUAUAAUUAAUGGUUUUUUCAUGCUUCUGGAAAGUGCAGAAGAUACAGCACUGGAUAUAUUGAAUGCUUCAAAUGAACUUGCCCUUUUUUUGGCUCGAGCUGUGAUUGAUGAUGUAUUGGCUCCUCUGCAUUUGGUAGAAAUUGGCAGCAUGUUACCCCCAAAAUGCAGUGGGAGUGAAACUGUGCGGAUGGCUCGUUCACUCGUUGCUGCUCGUCAUGCUGGUGAGAGGCUAUUGAGAUGUUGGGGUGGUGGGACUGGAUGGGCUGUGGAAGAUGCUAAGGACAAGAUCAUGAAGCUCUUGGAGGAGUAUGAGAGCGGAGGUGUUGUGAGUGAAGCAUGCCAGUGUAUUCGUGACCUAGGAAUGCCUUUCUUUAACCAUGAGGUUGUGAAGAAAGCUUUGGUUAUGGCCAUGGAGAAGAAGAAUGAUAGGAUGCUGGGUUUGCUGCAGGAAUGCUUUAGUGAAGGUCUGAUCACCAUCAAUCAGAUGACUAAAGGGUUCACCCGAAUCAAGGAUAGUCUUGAUGAUCUUGCUCUGGACAUUCCUAACGCAAAGGAUAAAUUUGGCUUCUAUGUGGAGCAUGCCCUCAGGAAGGGCUGGCUUCUCCCAUCAUAUGAUUCGAAUGCUACAGAUGUCUAACUGCCCCAGGCUGCAGCUUCUUGAGGAGGACAUAUAUUUUCAUUUUUUCUCUUAUAUUUGUUGUUGUUGCCCUUUAGCUCUCGUUGAAUGUGGUUAAAUCUGGGAUGGUUGGACUUUGAUGAUCCUUUUAUAUCUGUUUUUUUAUUUUUCUUUCAAAAUCAUCUUACUGACCGAGUUUCCGAUGAUCUCAGUCGUUGUAUAGAGUUUUUUUAUUUUCCAUUGACAGCUUUUUAUAAUGAUGUUGCAUCAAGAGGUAUGACAGUAGUAUAGUGUGUUUUUCAGCCUUAAUUCUCGUUUUUCGUC